UUUUUCCCUAAGUUUUUCUCAAUGCUCGCUCAUCAUCCUUCCAGCUGGACUACGGCAGCUUAUUCCACCACUGUUGCUGCUGCUGCUGGUCCAGCGGGGUUCUCGACGCCGAGCGCAUCGCCUGCAUCAUCGUCACCGUACACUGCGUCGCUUGGCUCGUAUGCGUCGCCCGAGGCCUAUCACCAGCAGCAGCAGUAUCAGUAUCAGCAGAAGCCACUGCUGCGUCGAGUUGAAUCGCCACCGCCGCUGCCAUCGCUCUCCGUCUCAACGCCCGAGACACAGCGUACAUCCACUCGAUACUGUUGCAUUGUUGCUGUUUGGUUGUUUUGCUGUGGCUUGAACGAGAGUGGGGAACGACGUUUCAACGCCAGGACCGAAUCGAAGAAAAAAGGCCAAAAAAGAUGAAGCAAAAAAGGCGCCAAAAAUUCAAAUUUCGUUUCUUUGCGCUGAGCUGAGACAAGCGUUUUGACUUUUUGAAACAAAGUGGAGCCCAAAGUGGAAAGUCCACGCUUCUUUGACAAGGAACUCACACCAAUGAGUCGAAUUGCUUGGAACACAGCGGUGAUUGACGCGAUUGCGGCGCUCAAGGAAAAGCUCGAGCUCUUGGAGGCAAGCCGACAGGCGCCUGCGCGUAUCCUGGCAUCACUGGGUCAGCUCAAGCUUGCACCGUGCACACUCGAGUCUGCUCUUGCGCGGCCAGGUUUGUUUGACCGUGGUUACGAGGCCGGCGUGUAUCUCGCGCCUGAAAGUUAUGCUCGCCAGCAGCUGCAACAGCAGCCGCCGCUGGGACGCUCGGAAGCCAUGUACACCCCGACCUUGGUGGAGCGCAACACACGGGCAAACGCCGGAGCGGCUCAGCCCUCAGCAAUGCCUCGAGGGGUGAUUAGUCCGAUUGGAGGGGAUCAGCCAGCUCAGCUGGGCCAGCGGGCGUACCAACACGCGUAUGGAGCAGCCGGUCCCACCCCGCGUACAACGCCGGAUGUGCCACGAAUUCAGCAACAGCAGCCACAACAGCAGCCACAACAGCAGGCACAACAGCAGCAACAGCCACAGCAGCAACACAUUCCUGUUGCCCCACCUGUUCAGAAUCCACAAAACGGAGCUGCCGGCUCUACGAGGCCCAUCGCAAUGCCCGCUCAAGAGCAGGCUGCCACAAAUUAUCCCCAAGUCCUCGAGCAGCUUGCAGAGGAGUCGCGAAAAGUCCAGCGGCUUGAGCGCGAUGUCGCUUUGUUGCAGCAAACUCAAGAGCGUUAUCAGUUGCAGUUUCAGCAAAUGCAGCAGCAGCAACAGCAGCAAUUACAACAACAGCAGCAGCAAUUACAACAACAGCAACAUUCUCCUCCUCAAAACGCACAACAGCAGCAACUACCGACUGCUCCGGGUGCAUCGCUGUCUCACGGUGUGAUUCCACAACCUGCUGAUGAAACUGAUCAGACAUCGGUACUGUCCUCGGACGAGCUUCGGACUGCGCAUGAUAACGUGUUGCGAACUCUGCUGUCCGCACGCAAUCUGGAAAGGGCCGCGGAGGGUCGACUUGCCGCCGGACCCACCCACAAAUCACCGCAGGUUCCGGCAAUGGCAAGCUUUGACACGCCAUUACAUCCCAGCGACCUCGACGGAGUGAUCGCCGCUAUGGAGGCCGAGUGCGGGCAACUUCAAUUCGAGUACAGCGACAUGAGCGAGGUGCUCGAAAAGGAACGGGCGAUUGGCAAGGUGCUUAGCGCGCUGACGAUUUCGCACGAGUUGCAGCGAGUAGGCGCCGCUCUUCACCGAAAGGCCGAAAUGCUAGCACAGCUUCGCCGUGCCCGAAAGAAAGCUCGCAAGGAGAUGAUGGGAGCGGAUGUCUCGUCCAUUUCCUCGUCCUCCUCAUAUUCAUCGUCGUCAUCCUCGGCAUCAAGCGCCUUUUUGUGAGUGCCGUGGUUCCUUUGGAACUCUUGCUCACUUGGGUGACCAAACGACCUUUGCUAUUUUUUUUUCUUUCAAGUUAACAAAACCAAUUCGAAUUGGGGUUUUAGGGUUUGCCGCACCUCUCUUCUGGCUUCUGUUGUGCAGGAUUGAUCCACAACAUCUCUUGUGUUUCCCAUGAUACCAUCUCCAUGAUUAUUAAAACUAUGACUAUUAUGAC